UAUCUUAUACUUACAGAUGAUGAGAAGCCUUUCCCAGUAUACUGUGAUAUGGCCGCUGGAGGUAAGUAAUUCAGUUUCAUCUUAAUUGAUUCGUUCAGCGAGAAAAUUGCAUUUCCGCGCCCGUGAAAUACCUAAAAGAACGCCGUCUCUAACAUGUAAAACAUAAUGUUAGUCUUAACGAAAAUAUAAUUGGAAUUUGCAAAUAUCUAUGGACUGGGACGUGAAAACUAAAGUAUCCAAAAUAGAUAUCACUCUGCUUCGGGCGACUCGGAAAUGGGUGUUUUGCAUACAUAGUUGCGUAAAGUUGGUAAAUUCGAAGUAAAAGUCUCGACCUUGUGGUGUGCCCGAAUAUUUUAAAUCCGGAAGAGUCUAAAGUGAAUACUCUGUAUCCGAAUGAAAGCUAUUGACUGUUAAAAAUUCAUACUUGGCUGCGAGGGCUUAAGGCUCAGCAAUGAAUAGCACAUUUCGUUUGUAUUAUUCCCCCAAGCCUCGGAGCCAAGUAUGAAUUGUAAUACAUCAUGAUCAAAAUUGGUCUAUUCCUUUGUUCUUACAGACUUUUGUUUCUUCUGCUAUUUAUAGGCUGGACAAUGGCGUUUAUGGUUGUGUCUGGAGUGAAUAAAAACGUGUGUAGUACAUACACAUCUGACCAGACAUACUCUGAGAAAGUCUUUGCAGCUCUUGAAGUCACUAACAGGCACUUUAACCACUACAAAAACAGGAUCGUUUUAAAGUGGCAAGACAUUGGACCAACGGAGCUAUUACAUAUUUCAUUUUAUUUCUGCUGUAAUAUUGCAUUCAUAAAUCUGCCAGUAAAAUGCUCUAUAACCUGCAUGACAGACAGGGAACCCUCACAGGGUCUCAGAAGCUCCUGCAGCUUGCUCGUGGACUACGAGAGAAUAUGUGGAAGCGUACGUGAAAGCGAGUGACCUGGAGCGUCUGAAUAUCAGGCUAGGCAGACGUUUGAUGGGGAAGGAAAAGGCGGCAAUUCGCGCGAGUACCUUCAUCCUCGUGCGUCGUUCGCGAUCUCGCUCGCCUUUAUCCCCCCUUGCCCUUUGCAGGGUAUUGAUGACAUGUCUUCUGCUUUUGUCAUGCCGAAAAUUGCAUAUAAUGAUCCCGCAUUAAAUGAAAAUGACUUGCUGCAAAGAAAAUAUAAUUUAUGGUCAACAACUUAUAAAUAAUAUAAUUUCAUUUGCUUUUGUUAGUUUGUUUGUUUGUUUCUGUCCCUACUUGCGUGUCUGACAAGGGCAAAGCAAUUAAUUUAGGAGUUUGCUUUACUUUCAAAGCUACUAAUAUAGAAUGAAGGCCUCGUCCAUACGAAUUUGCCGGGACAUAUUUAAACCACAUAGUGAUUUACCCCGAUUCGUGUCAACGGGGUCUCAAAUCACUCUGGAUCGAGAACCGUUUCAAAAAUACGCGGUCUCGGUGAACAUAUUCACUGGUUUCGUGUGGACAGAAGCCCAUGCUAGCGCGCUGGUGUGGACGAAAGGCUAAUUCGUGUAAUAAUAUAAGCGGUUUCAAAAAUAUUCGGAUUCAUGUGGAACGUGGCCUAAGAAUUCAGUUAAAUUCUAUUUUUGCUUGAUUUCCUAAAGGCGAGAGUUGUCCUGUAUAAAAUAGGAAAGCUGAUGAAGGAGUUGAAAUUCAACGCCAAGGGAUCAGACAAACUCAACUGGUUUUCAUUCUCCAGGCUGAAUCAGAGCUCCUGGACUGACAUGAAGACUCAGCCAAACAACUACUUUUCAAUCCAUGGAGAUCCAGGCAACGGCCGUCACUUCCUCAUCAACAGUAACUAUGGGGGUUGUUCUAAAGAUGCUGGGUGGAUGGCGAUAAUCGCAAAGUCACCUCCAUCCUGUGAUUGGAAGAAGCGUUUCCAGCCUCGUCAGAACGUGAUCCUUUACAGCAAGCGGUCUGUUCUUACCAACUGGAACCAAUACGGUGAGUAAAUCAUUAAACAAUCCAGGGUCCUGGUAUCCCGAUAAUGGGCAUGUUUACCUGGCACACCGUCCCCAAUGCCAAGCAAGCUCAUUGGAAAUAGCCAGAGUGCCCUGAAACGGGGACAAUGGGUCGAUUAUGUUCGAUUACCGUACCCAGUCGAAGUGAAUUGAACGAGUAGAGUUUGAUUGAGUUCGAUAACCGAAAGUUUGAUUGCCUGUAAAUUAAGCCAAAUGUUCCACUAUUAAGAUAAUUUUUCUCUCUCCUCUCUCUAUACAUUUGGAAUAGUAGGUUAUCGAGACGUUUAUAAUUGAUCAAAUACCCUGCAGUCGAGCGAGUGCUUUGUAUUUCGUUGUGAAGCCUAUCGAUUCUGCACCUAGUGGAGCAGAGAGUCUGCUCCGCAUUCAAAAGACUGUGCAUUAGGUUCAUAAGGGUGAAAAUAUGAAGUCUUUUCGGCCAUUUUCCUCCCCUCCUACAUUUCAGCUUUUAUAAACACCUUUUAACUUAGUUUUCUCCCCCCAAAAAAUAAUACAUGUAGUCUUUUUAUUAAGAAAUGUACGGUGCAGCUCCCUCUUUCUUUUCUCCCUCUGUGGUUAUUCCUGUGAUCCACAAUACGUUUUCCCUAAUUUCAGGCAAUGUUGAAGAGGCAGAUGUCUUGGCAGUCUACUUGCGAUGA